AAUCCAAACCGACCAUCAACUCUCCCUCCCUUAAAACCACCGUACACUCUAACUAUGCGCCACCAUCCACCGCUCCGCCACCUUCCUUUGCUUAUUCUCCUCUCACUUGCCCUUGUUUCCACUGCCGUUCCUAUAACUAUAACCCAACAGUUCAAGGAAGCACCGCAGUUCUACAACUCUCCGGAGUGUGCUUCCACUGGGGCAGAGGAAGAUGAAACAGAGGGUGAGAAUCCAAUUUUUUGUUCGGAUCAGGCAGUGCACGUAGCAAUGACCCUUGACACUGCUUACAUCCGGGGUUCCAUGGCAGCAAUCCUCUCCGUCCUUCAACAUUCAGUCUGCCCCCAAAACAUCGCCUUCCAUUUCGUCGCCUCCGCUUCGGCCAACGCGUCUCUUCUGACCUCCACCAUCUCCUCCUCCUUUCCUUACCUGAAUUUCCGAGUUUACCGUUUCCAUGAUUCUGCGGUUUCGGGGCUCAUCUCAACUUCAAUUCGUUCUGCUUUGGACUGUCCCCUGAAUUAUGCCCGUAGCUACUUAGCCAAUUUGCUUCCCCUGUGCGUCCACCGAGUGGUUUACCUCGACUCCGACCUAGUGCUCGUCGACGACAUCGCGAAGCUCGCUGCGACCCCACUUGGGGACACGGCUGUUCUCGCCGCACCGGAGUACUGUAAUGCGAAUUUCACUUCAUAUUUUACUCCGACGUUCUGGUCCAACCCUUCCCUGUCUUUGACUUUCGCCGACCGGAAAGCUUGUUAUUUCAACACCGGCGUGAUGGUGAUCGAUCUCAACCGGUGGCGGGAAGGGGAUUACACGACAAAGAUUGAGGAAUGGAUGGAAUUGCAAAAGCGAAUGAGAAUUUACGAAUUGGGUUCUCUGCCCCCUUUCUUACUGGUUUUCGCAGGGAAUAUAGUUCCCGUGGAUCACAGAUGGAAUCAACAUGGCCUCGGAGGCGACAAUUUCAGGGGAUUAUGCCGGGAUUUGCAUCCGGGUCCGGUAAGCCUUUUACAUUGGAGUGGAAAAGGGAAACCAUGGGCUCGACUGGAUGCGAACAGGCCAUGCCCAUUGGAUGCUCUGUGGGCUCCUUACGAUCUAUUGCAGACACCAUUCGCAUUGGAUUCUUAACGAAUACAUAAUGAAUUCAAGCCUUUUCAGUUCCCGAAAGUGUGGAAGUCUUUCUGGAGCGUAUAAAUCGGAGAGAAAUGCGCCGCAGCUAAUGGAGGAUCAAUAGUUACUGUGGAAAGUAAACGUUUGUGUUUGAAGUCUUAGGUGAAGGCGGCGGAGCAAGGCGGCUGGUCGGAGAAGAUUCGCUGUAGAUUAAUUACACAGGUAUUACACUCUUUUUUUUCUUUUUGUUUAUUUUGAAGAAACUGAAUUAUAUUGGAAAAAAGGUAUUGUACUAAUAAGAAGGAAAUUCCAGAAGAAACCAUCUCGGAUUUAUGAUAAUUGUAUCGAAAAAUCUGUAUAGCAAAUGAGCUGUUUUGGGUGGUUUUGUUUCACUAUAUAUAUAAAAAAAAUUAAAAAAAUCUCUUUAUC